AUGUUCUUCCUCUAUCGGUGGAAGGGUUAAGGAUUGCAGGAGUUGCAAGUUGGAGCUGACUUUGCUAGAUGGCAGUGGGGAGCUGGGAGGCCAGGGCUGGAGGCCCUGGGAACUUCUUGCUUUCGAGUUGGAAAAAGAUUUUCUUUUCGUGUGGGGGGCUGUGGAGGAUGGCAAUGAGUCAGUGAGAUCCAGGCUUACAGCUGCCUGUUGUUGCUGCCACGUCGGAGAGACUGGGGGAGCUGCAGACAGCUGGGCUAUCUGUAUCAAACCGAAAGCAUCUCAGUCCCUGCAGAGGGAGAGAGAGAGACCAACCCGGGAGCUGGGCUCAGCAUCACCAAGGCAGGACCAGGCACUCCUGCAAACCGCUUCCCCAUGAUCAGCAAUAACCACAGCAUGGACGACUUCGAGACUGAGGAGGACGAACCCUGGUAUGAUCAGCAGGAUUUGGAACAAGACCUGCAUCUCGCGGCAGAAUUGGGGAAAACCCUUCUCGAGCGAAACAAGGAGCUGGAAGAUUCACUGCAGCAGAUGUAUGCAACCAACCAGGAACAGGUCCAGGAGAUUGAGUACCUCAGUAAACAGCUGGAGAUGUUGCGGCAGAUGAACGAGCAGCAUGCCAAGGUGUACGAACAGCUGGAUGUGACUGCCCGGGACCUAGAGCUCCACAACCAGAGGCUGGUGCUGGACAGCAAGGCAUCACAGCAGAAGAUAGACCGGUUGACAGAAACAAUUGAAAGUUUACAGAGUCAAGUCGAUGCUCUUCAGAGCCAAGUUCAGGAAAUGAGGAACAUGGAUCAGCUGCGAGUCCGCAGAGAUAAACGGGAACGCCGGAAAACUAUCCACACAUUUCCGUGCCUGAAGGAACUGUGCACCAUGCCCAGGUAUGGCUGUCCCGAGGAGACGGGGCUACUCGGGACCGGCAGCCCGGCCGAGCCCGAGCACAAGCGCCUGGAGAAGGAGAACGAGAGGCUGCGGCUGACGGCGAACGCCCUGAGGCUGCAGAUCAGCCAGGAGAGGCAGCGCAAGGAGGCGGCGGAGCGGGAGUGCGCGGCCGUGCUCGGCGAGUACACGGAGCUGGAGCGGAGGCUGGGCCAGAUGGAGAGCUGCAAGCUGCGGGUGCGGGAGCUGGAGGCCGAGCUGCGGGAGUUGCAGCAGAUGAAGCAGGUGAAGCGGUACCUGAUCAGCGGCGAGGACCGCCUGUCCGAGGCCCUGCUCGAACCCCUCAACAACGCGCCGGAGUCGGACGACGGGGCCCCGGCGCCGGCCGACGAUGACGCCGCCUCGGAGCAGAGCUGCGUGAGGAAGAGCUGCAGCGACACCGCGCUGAGCGCCAUCAUCAGCCGGGACGAUGUGAGCCGCCAUGAGGGCAACUACACGCUCCACGCCAACAGCGUCCGCAAGCGGGGCAUGUCGAUCCUGCGGGAGGUGGAUGAGCAGUACCACGCCCUGCUCGACAAGUACGAGGAGCUACUGGGCAAGUGCCGGCGCCACCAGGAGGGCCUGCGCCAUGCGGCCGUGCAGACCUCGCGGCCCGUCUCCCGGGACAGCUCCUGCCGGGAUUUCCUGCUCGAGUGCCUGGAGGCGGAUCUCAAGGCCCCGGACAAGAGCCUCAGCCUGAGCCAGCAGGUGGAGGCGGCCGACAAGAGGCUGGGCCACUCGCAGCCCGAGUACAAGGCCCUCUUCAAGGAGAUCUUCUCCCGCAUCCAGAAGACCAAGGCCGACAUCAGCGCGAGCAAGACCAAGAGCCGCGCCUCCAACUGACAGCCGCGUGCCCCGGGCCGCGAGCCCCGCGCCAAGGGCACCCUCCAAUAGGAGACGCUCUUACUGAACUCUCUCUCACUGCUGUGCCAAUCGGAAGGCAGGUCUUUGUUAGGUAUGUCCAGGUGACGGGGUUGAUCCGUUACUGACCGUUACCUUACCCUUCCCACUCAAACACAACCUCACAGAAAGACACCGCAAAAUGUUUACUCUUUAGGGUGUUCGGUAUUUUCCAGGCGGGGCUGACACACACACACACACGAUCUUCACUUGCCCUGCCAUGGAGGAUGCAUGUUGUCCUGUUACCAUGGUGAUGGUACCCACUCCCUGGACUGAAUCCCAGGCACACUUGUGUUUUUUUCCUGAAUGCACUCCAUUUCAGUAUUACUCCAGGAUUAACUUCUUAUCGGCCGCUUCACCGCAUUCCUGGCAAGGCAGCGUGUCUGCUUACGGCACCCAGACAGUCGCCUCUUUUACCUUCUCGAAGUUCAGUGUUACAAACAAACUCCUGAAACCCAGGUUCUGGUAAAACCGUCAUCAUCUUCAUGGGCUGUAGGGUUUUUAAACCACAAGAACGUGUUGCAGACUUGGUGCGACUGUUACUUGGUGUCAGAUGUGGGGGUCAGUGGUUCUGACAAGUUGGCUGACAGAAGAUCGAUCUUGCAUCUGCAGCGACCAUUGCUGUUCAGUGCAAUUCACUAUCUUCUUUCUGUUACCACCUGUCCACUUGGGUUAGGGACAGAGUGAGCUUUUUUAUUGCAUUUACACAUUUUGUUGUUUGACCUAAUGAUUAGACCAACUCUCUGGGUUCUGCUAAUGUGACUGUUGAUGGGUUUGGUGGGUGGUUGGGACGGGUUGAUGAGGGUUGCUGGUGUGGGGGGAGGGGGUGUUUGAGGGGACGCUAUGCAAUAAUGUAUUUGCUUUCACAAAUGUAAUUCUGUGUAUGGGGUGGGAGGGAGAGACAGUAAUUUGGCUUUGGACCUGGUUCCUGAUUAUGCAUUAGAGAGGGUAAAGGUUUGGUCCAGUUUGUUUUGUCUCUGCCUUCACUACUUAUUGGUAUCUGAUGGGUUUCAUGGUCUAGAGAGCCUCUCUCAUUUGCUCCAUAUCUUUCCUAAAGUUACUGUCUUUCUUUGAGCUCACCCAGCGGGUAAACCCUGACGGUGAGGGUGGGAUUGCAGAUGGAGAACAGUUAACCAGGAAUCUCUUUCAAUUCUCUGUUCUGUGUCAGUGUCUCUCCAUUUACAUUGAGAAGUGCACAUUCAAUCCCAGCUCCUGGGCUAAUGUGGUUCAGUUUUCACUAUGUUAAUGGUGCUUGUAUUUUAGUCAAUGUGCAAUACUUUCUAAUGACAGUAUUUUGUGUAAUUUAGCACUGUCUUCCCAGAGACAAUAUGGUGAAAUUUAAGGAAAGGAACCCUCUGGGCCUUUACUGACAACAGAGCCUAGCCCAGCCAAACUUUGAGGUCCAUGCCCUCAGCAAGUAGAGAGAUGAUGGAAAAGCUUAUGUGGUUUGGGAAUGGAAUGGACCUCGGGCUGUACAGGUCAGUGAGAGCCUAAGUGGGAGCAAGAGGCCUUAUGAUAUCCUCAACCAGCUUAGGGAAUGGGCAACACCAGUAAACAUGGGGCUACUGUCUCCAUGCCAGUUACAGCUUCACAAAACCCCUUUUAUGUUCUCUGAAACCCUUGGGGGGGAGUGGGCUGGCUCUUUGCACUGUGGUAGGUGGGGAAGCUUUACCCAUUACCCUGUUCCACUGAGGAUUUUUGGCACAGGACGAUCUCAUUCCAUAGGCUGACCCAGUCGGGAAAAAAAAUUCUGAAAGAAAGAAAUCUCAGGCCUCAUUUGCUGCUGCUGCUGCUUCCAUUUGAGAUCAUGGCUGACAUCACCGAAACAUGGGACUCAUAUCAACCAUUUUCACAGCCAAUUGGCAUCUUCUGCAGGAUCAAAGGGCAAAAACAAACCCAGAGGCUGAGUCGCAUGGCACAAAAAGUGAGUUGCUCGAAGCUCCAGUCUCCAUUCUUUACUCUGUUAUAGGUUUUACAGUUUACAGUGUGGUGGAGGAGGCUUGUCUGAAUGGGCUGAGCUUGGAGACGAAGCACACUGUGGUCAAAUAUCACCAGUUCAAAAUUGACAUUUCUAUGGGGCUGCCUAGAGUUGAUGGAAUGGAAGAUGGAGAGUGUAAAAUCCAAUCCAAUCAAGUAGGUACUGAGUGGCAAAACGUGGAUACUGUAAUGUGUGAGAGGUCCCUGAUGUUGAUUCUGCUCCUUCUCCUUGACAUGGGGUUAGCAUAUGUUACAGAUAAGUGCCAAACUGUAUUUAAAACAUUUUUUGGUUAAUAAAUUGAGAAUAAGUACUAAACCUCUCGGUCCUUGUAUGAUUCAGAGAUUAAA